AUGACAAGAUUCCCUGGUCCUCAUGACCUGUCAGGGAAGGAUGACGGCGCACAGUGUGAUAAGGAUGACCCCAGAGCCAACGUACUGGAUUGCCUCUCCCUGUCCAAUUUGGAAAGCAUGUUGCUCUGGACACUCCACGAGCCGGGUACGAUUGCCCUGACCGUCAUGUAUUGUCUGUCCUUCAUGCUGGGAUUCACAGGGAACCUAAUGUCUUUGCGUGUCCUCACCAACCGCCGCAACCGACGACUGGCCAGUGUCAGCGCCACGCGGAGUCUCCUGGUGAAUCUGGCGGUGUGUGACCUGGCUGUGGUGUGUGUGUGCAUGCCAAUCACCCUCGGGAGCCAGAUCUACUCCUCGUGGGUGUACGGUGACCUCCUGUGUCGAGCCGUGCCCUUCACGCAGGCCGUCUCGGUCUCUGCCAGUGUGCUGACACUAACGGUGAUUAGUGUGAACCGCUACUACAGCGUUCGAUCCCCACUCCGCGCCCGGUCCAUGUUUACCCGCCGUCGUAUCUUGGCGACCGUGGCUAUGGUGUGGAUGUUGUCAUCGGUGAUGUGCACUCCGCUCGCGGUGAUGAAUCGGCGGCGGGAGAUCAGCUUUGGAACCUUCGCCAUUUGGGUGUGUCAGGAGGAGUGGCCUCAGCCUCGCCUUAAACAGGGGUAUAAUGUGUUGCUAUUUGUGGUGCUCUACUGUCUGCCAGUGACCUUUAACCUCACCAUAGGCUUCCUGACCGGCAGGCGGCUCUGGGGUGGCAGGAAAUCAGCCUUCUCUGAUCUCGAUCCUCGCAGCCAAGCCCUGCAUGUGUCACGUCUCAAGACACGCCAGAAGAUAGCCAAGAUGGUGGUAUGUCUGGUUCUGCUCUUCGCAAUUUCCUGGCUGCCCCUGUACCUGGCUGACCUCUGGAUUGACCGUGAGCAGCAACCGCCACCUUGGCUCCUGCAGACACGUCCAUUUGCUCAAUGGCUCGGCCUGACAAACUCCAGCCUAAACCCAAUCUGCUACUGCUUCAUAGGGGACUUGUACCGCUCGGCUAAGGUCAUACGGACACGCUACUACCGGAGGGUCGCUGCCCUCUUCGGCUCGUCCUCUUUCUCCCACUCAGCUGCUAUUCCCACUACCACCUUGAUGCUUACUGAUGCCAAAGUGACAGAUGAACAUCACUGCAUAGCUGCGGCAACCAUGGCAGCUUCUGCGUCCAUGGUGACUGUGCCCAGGCUCUUCAGUUUGGCGAGAGGCAAGGGGUUGGAACUGGGGCAGGUGGAAGGAGACAGCUUGGGCUGUGAGGGAAGGUGCUUCAUUGGUAUCAACCCUGAGAGGGGAACAAAGGCCAGCCAGGGGAAGGUGGUGUUCAAGAAGAAGGGGAAGCUGGUCCAGAAAAAGGCAGCAACUGUGAAUUCCCAUGUGGACCACCCUUAUAAAAACACCUCAUGGACUUUGAGUGGGGCUUUAUGCUCACAACACAUCUCCACACAGGACCUCACUUUCACAAAGGAAUAG